CGGUUGACGGAUACGCUAACGAUUUUAUCGAGUUUCCAGUGUAUUAGGAGACGUGCGGCGUUUCGUUUCAUACCAUCAAGUAAACAGAAGAACAAUUGCGAACAACAGAAGAAUUGCGACAGUAGAAAAACAAAAUAAAGUGAGGCAAAAUGCGCUUAACGCAUGUGCUUUUUGGUGUAUUUAAAAAAAAGGGAAUUACAGGACAGAAAUUCAGGUUCGAAAGGAGAAUACCUGGAAGUCUAUAUGCCGGGAAGGUCCGAAUCGUUCCUGACUUGAAGAAGGGUCAUAAGCUGCGCAUGUGGAAAGAACUGGCCAUUGAAGAGGAAAAUAUCGUCUACAUUUCAAAGCCCUAUCUCACCACAGCUGAGGAAAAGCACCUGCCGACGGAAUACAUCGAAAAGGGCGUUAAAACGACUGAAAAAUACGAAAAAAUUAGAUCGAAGCCGCUUCGAUCUGUCUACCUGGCCGAGGUUCUCGAGCAUAUCAACGUGAGUCGAAGAUGGGAGGAAUAGUGAGAGCUUCAGUCUAUGCUGCAUAACUCAGACCGUAGCCAGCCUUGGCAGCGUAUAGAACAUAUGUUCUAAGAAAUUUUGUUUUAAGGUAACGCAAUGAUAGAGUGUCUUUUUUUCUCUCUCUUUGGUUACUCUGCAUGGACACUUGCUUUUAUCGUAAAACCGCUUUGUUUAGGUCGACGAUUUGUACUGUCGCUUGCCUAAGACUGCAAUGAAAGAGACGCGUUGGGUAAUAAGUAAAAUUAAACUUAAGGGAAAAUCUUUCUGCUCGGUUCAAUAAGAUCCAGAAAACCGUCACUUGCUCAUCAAUCGCAUUGAAGUACCUCUCGUCGAACUUAUUUCAAGAAAAACUGUUGUACCUGUAAUGAUGAAGUCCAAGCAUGGGAUACGCUAAAAGUACGUGUGAUACAUGCAGACCUUUCCCGGAAAAGUUCGGUUGAAAAACGGAUUAAAUUUACGAUAUAAUAAUAAAAAUUAAAAAUAACAAUACAAUAAAUGUCUCAAUAAUAUAAAUAUAUUAAUGUCGUUCAAUAAGUGAAACAUAAUUUAGAUGAAGGUUUUCUCAUAUAUAUACGGCUAAUUGAUCAAACCAAUGAGUACGCCCAACUAAAAAGAGAGUACAAUAAAAAUUUAUUCAUAUCUUGGUUAGCGCA